CAGAUGUUUAUCACGAACCGCACAUGUUGCACAACCGCAGCAGAGCAGCUCGAUGAGGUCCAUGUAGCGGAGAGAAACCCACCAUGCAGUCUGAGUGUUUGAGCUGGGUUGCUGCCAGCACCAUGGGAGAAACUGGGUGAGGGACCUUUGGAUGUUCAUGGAGCAAAGAUUAGCCGGGGUUUGGACCUGCCUGCUGGGGGCUGGACUUUUUCUGGCCUUCACAUCAGUAACAUCCAAGGCCAUCCCCGCACCGCCAAAGCUCAUCAAAUGUGAGUUCAUACAACGAAGUAACGUCACCUGCUAUUGGGAGCCUGGAGACAAUCCAGCCACAUUCUACACCCUUGAAGUUGUGAGAGUGCCUAGCUCAUGUGGUAUUCAUUACCAGAGUCCAAACUGCUCCAAAGCCUUAUUCACCUGUAGCACAUCUAGGUUGAGCUGCACAGCAAGCCUUACCUCUGGAAUCAAGUUUGACUUCUGCAUCACCGUUAUAUCACACAGUGUAAGUGGAAAUGUUUCAUCAGAACCUCGGUGUCAGCCUGCGAGAAAAGAAGUGAUCUUGCAUCCUGCGAUUUUGGACAACGUCCAACAGGUUAAUGGUUCCCCUAAGUGUCUGAAAGUGUUCUGGAGCACUAUCAUGGAUUUUAGCGUUACGGAGACAGAAAUCAAACAAGGGAACUUGAAUUCUCAAAUAGAGUUUGCAGUAAAGGGGCAGGCAAAUGUUCAGGUCAGGAAUGUAACAGUAACUGGAUACAGUUUCUUGGUGUGCUUCUUCAGUCCAGACACCUUCUAUAGAAUAAGGCUCAGACACCGCUACCAAGGUCCGGCAAGCCCAUGGAGCAAAUGGAGCAACGCAUGUGAGGGAACAACAGCAGAGGAUGUCCCAUCGGCUGCACCGGUGCUUUGGAGGGAGGAGGUACACGUCAGCAGGGACGGAGGGAGGCUCAUUUCUCUGCUUUGGAAGCCGUUACCUCGCCUCCUGGCUAAUGGCAGAGUUCGCCGCUACAAUGUGUAUUGUCGGAGAGAGAAUGGUCAGAUUCUUAAAGAUAAUGGAAGCUGCAGAACGCUCCUGGAUGUUAACACAUCUUGCAUAUUAGCUCUUCCUGCUGUGCGUUGCUCCUGUUCUCUGACAGCCUCCACCUCUGCAGGGACAUCGCCGGAAGACCGAGUCUGGAUCCCAGGCUCCUCUGAGACAGAGCCACCACCUCCAGUCAAAGUCACCGUCGAACCGCUGGCAGGGAACAGAAGCAUGGAGGUUCGCUGGACGUCUCCGCCAAAUCUUCCAGUGAGCGGCUUCGUUGUGGAGUGGUUAGCAGUGAGGGAAAAAACCAGCAGUGUUCUGUACUGGGAAAAGCUGAAUAGCUCCUGUACAAAGCUGGUUAUUACAGACGGAGUGAAGCCAGCAGAACGUUAUGCAGUCUCUGUCAAGGCUCUAUAUGGUGAACAAGGAGCAGGGAAGAAUGUGACACUCCAUGUUUAUACCCUGGAAGGAACACCCUCAGCAGGUCCUAAUGUGCAGGUGGAGCACAUUUCAGGCAGCUUGGUGGAGCUCAGUUGGAGUCCUGUUCCUGUGGAGCUGCUUCAUGGCUUCAUCAGAAACUACACCCUCUAUUACACCACCAAUAACCAACCAGCAAAGAGUAUAACGGUGCCUGGACAUGUUCACCGCUACACUCUAGAGAAUAUGUCACCUGGCAUUUAUGACAUUUUCAUGAGUGCCAGCACCAUCGCCGGAACUGGUCCGACUGGGAAUAGGACUAACGUGCACAUUGGCUCUGAGGAAACAUCAAUAGUGAUAUGGGUCGUCGUUCCGCUCCUGCUCAUUUUGGUGGUGCUGAUGGUGAUGGUUCUCCUGGCUCAGAUGAAGAUUGCAAAACAGAAGCUCUUUCAUAGGAUUCCUGAUCCUUCUAACAGCUCCCUGUCCCGCUGGAACCCUCAAGCUACCUGUGAGGGUAAGAAGUUGGUUGUGGAGCAAGAGAAGCCUGAAGUUAGCUUUCCUGAAGUCAUCGUGCUUGAUAAGCUGCAAGAUCUAGAGAGGACGCACAGCUAUGUACAGAUCUGUAAUCCUCAGAUCCUCCCUUACCUGCAUUCCUCUUUACCCCCCACCAUAGUAUCAGCUAAAGGCUACAUCACAAACAUGGCCAAGACCCCAUCUGCUAACGAUCUCGCCACCAGCCCCUGCAUCUACUCUAAUGUCCUCUGCAACCAGCUCAACCAGAGUCUACCUCAACUUGUCCUGCCGCCCUCUUAUCAAUAUAGUCAAAAUGGCACAGUCCACAUUAGUGACCUUAAGGAGCCACCAGAUGGAGACAGCGAGUCAUUAGCCUUUGAGUUUGCUUCUUCAGACCUGCAGAGAAACUUCAGACUUUUUCUGGAGCAGCUUGAAAGCCAUAAGUCACAAGAACUUGUUGUCCAUCCCUCUUACUUCUUCAUCAGACAGAGCUCCCCAGAUUGAAUCUCCACUAGGAUUCAACCUGGAAAAGUCUUUCUAAAAGAAAAUGGGACGUUUGAUAUUUGCUACUGUUAUCAAAUUAUGUUAACUAGCAGUUCAACAGGUGUAACUAAUAAAGCGACAUGUGAGCUUUCUUUUGUAGUCGGUAAUAAUACUGAUUACACUCUCAUGUAAAGGUGAGGAAGGCCCUUUGAGCCAUAUCAGCUAAAAUAAGAGCUGUUUACUAUUUAAAUGCAGUGACACGUUUAGUCUCUUUUUGAAUAGCUGUAUUGUUUCUUUUCUUGGUUUUAACAUCCAAACACUUGUUUUAAAAACCUUUCCGGGUUUAUCACUAUUUUCCUCAUUAAUUCAAUCAAGUAAGCUAAAGGUGGUAGUUUUCUGUGAAAAAAAAAACUUAUUGCCAAUAUAAAGUGUCAACGAAUUAAUAUUUCAAAUAGAUUGUUGAGUCCUUUUGUUUCUGUUUGCGCAAUUUUGAAGUUCUUGAAAUGUGAAUAUUUGGCAGUUAAUGCACACUUUAUGUUGUGAAUAAGAUAUGUCACAUGGGUUCCAAUGUAAAUAACAAACUUGUGCCAUUAAGCAACUCAGGUUUUUGUUUUUUUUUCUCGAGUGUUCUGCUAUAAGUAUGCUGAUGAAGCUAAAAUGUAUAAUUCCAGUGUGUGAGCAGAUCGAAAUCUAAAAUUGAAUGUAUGUUUGAUAUAACUGUAUGUACGCAAUGCUUUCUGUAUGUUUGUAACAUGCCUCUUUUACAUCUUGCAUUCUGGACUGUGACCUUGGUGAACCUCUAUUAGCUUCUUUAUGUAGUUUUUAGAUCGGUCACAAUAAACAAAAAACAAACAGUUCAACUGGAAUUCAAUUUUAUAAUAAUAAUUAAUCUUUCUAGCGUUUUCUGAUUAGUAUUGCAUCUGUGAUUUCAUUAAAACAUCUUCCUUUUCUUGA